UUUUCUGUGAUACCAUAAUAAGAGUUAAAGAAUAAAAUUAAAUUCAAAAUUUAUUAUUCGAUGAAUUUUUUUAAAUUUUUAUAAUCGAGGCGAUCACACGCUCCCCUAAUUAUUUAUUUUUUAAUUUUAGUACUUGCAAUUUAAUAUACUGAAAUAAUUUUUUUUUUUGUUUUUUUUUUAGAGAAACAUUCUGUGCAUUACCACCAGAUGGACCAUAUCCAUUAUUUUUAUUCGAAGAAUAUCCUAAAUUUAUUAUUGAAAAUAAAGAAAAAAUGACUGAGUUGAUUAAUUUAAGAGAAGAAGAAAUAACUUUACGUAAAAAACGACAAGAAGUGUUGGAGAAUAUUGAGAAAAAAAGAUUAGAAGAUGAAAAGGACAAUUUUAUCAAAGAAGUUCAAAACCAGAGACUUCGAGAAUUACAACGAUGUUAUAAUGAGCAGCUUCGAGUAUCUGAAGCCUCAGUUGCUAGUGAACGUCAAAAACUCUAUCGACAAUUGCCACUGAGCGAAAGUAUAAAUCUCACAGAAAUUAAUUCUGCGAGUGAUGAAUUUAAUUCACGAUCAAGAGUUAACUCUUACAAUAAACUACGAAAUGAUGUGGAGGCACUUGAAGAAGAAGUUGGAGAAUUUUUAAAAACUAUUAAGUGUAAAAGAUAGAGACAUUAUAUAAUAUUUUAUUUAAUCUAACGGUAAAUAAAUUAAAUAUGUUUUUUUGUUUUUAAUCAAACAGUUAAUCAUGUAAAUUAUUUUUU